AUGUUGAAUGCGUUGUAUAAUGAAGAGGUUAAUAAUAUCCAUAAAUGUAAAAGUUUUAUAUCAAAUAAUGUCGCAAAAGAAGCUAAUAUAUAUAAUAUUUGUAAUAAACUUAAGGUUAUAUUAGAAGAUUGGGAUACUUUACUGACACAAUACGAAUUUACUAAUAAAGAUGAUAAGAAAUAUUGUAAUUAUUUGAACUAUUGGUUACAUGAAAAAAUAAAGGGCAAUUAUUGUCGCAAAAGAACUAUUGAGUUUCUCUAUGAUGAGUGGGAUAAGAUUAAUGAAAUAUUUGUUAAAUCAAGUACUAAAUGCUCCCAUAAAGAUUUUUUAGUCAGUGAAAAUGCUUUUAUAAAGAAAAAAAACUUUUUUGACUUUAUAGAAUACUAUGGUAGUAUAAAGAGUAAAUUAGAUAAAUCAGAUACUUCGAAAAACGAGAAAUAUUGUAAAUACAUAAAGAAUCAUUUUAAAUUGUACUUUGUUAUGGAACAUGAAGAUAUUUGCAAAAAUACUUCAAUAUAUAAUGAAGAAAUAAGCAUUUUUAAAAAUAAAUUUAUUGAUGAUCAAGAGGAAGUCGAAUACUUAAAAAAAACAUGUAAUGAUAAAUAUUUAAAGACUAUAGAGAACGUAUACAGUAAUAAAGUUAUAUUAAAUGAACCUAAUGAAUUUGAAACAUAUAAGAAGGAAUAUGUAUCUGAGGGGCUACCUUCUCAUGAAAAGUAUAAUGAGUUUGAUAAUAAAAAUAAGAUAGAUGACUACUGUUCUUACUGUGUAGACUUGUUACCAUAUGAGAUAGAUAAUCCAGGAAUUAAUGCUCUUUGUAAAAUAUUUGCAAAGAAUUUAUAUGAAAUAAAAAGUAAAAGAGAUCGUAGUGAGAAUUGUUCAUAUUUUUACUAUUGGAUGUACGAUAAAAUAUGGCAGAAUUUUGGUAGUAAUUCAAAUCAUAUUAAUAACAAGCAAUUUAUAGAAUUAUUUAUAAAUUAG